AUGGCAAUCCAGCCUUUCAAAGUCUACGAUGGCGGGUACAAGGAAGGGGAAAUCCAGUUGAGAAUUGGGAAUGGUGGUGCUGGACAGACUGGCUUAAUAGGAGAUCUUGCAAACAAUUUCAUCAAGUAUCAAGUGCAGGUUGAGAAGUCAAAGCCCUUCAAGAUCGCUUGGUAUGAAAGCGACACAACCUAUUCCAUCCAGUAUCUCGAUGAAGAAAUCACCGAUAUCGGUGUAACCUACAACUAUCACGCCGAAAAGGUGGCUGUGGACAACGGAAUUGCAAAGCCAGAAAUCACAUACGCCUUUCGAGACCACUUUCUACUAAUCGGACCCAAAGAUGAUCCAGCCAAAAUUGAAAAUGCAGGUUCUGUUGAGCAAAUGUUCACCCGUUUAUAUACUCAAGCCCAAGCCACCGUGAAUAAGCCUGGUGCGGUACGAUUUCUGAGUCGCUUUGACAAAUCAGCGACCAAUAUCCAGGAAUCGGACCUUUGGAUUCGCAUUGGGCAGGUUCCAUGGGCAACAAGCUAUACGACGUGGUAUCACCAGUAUAUCGCCUUCCCUCUUGAAGCUCUUACGGCUGCGGCUCUACUUGGUGAAUAUACUCUCACUGACUUUGGAACCUAUCUUCACCUACCCCAUGAGCUCAGAGACAAGAUCAAAAUCUUCAAGAAGGGUUCAGAUGAUGAGAAGGAUCCGCUGUUGCUCCCGGCUCAUUCAUUGAUUGGAACAAAAGCUAAGAACAUGGAUAUGGCAGAAGCGUUUAACAAAUGGCUAAAGAAUGAUGGGAAAUCGGUGGUUGAAGCAUUUCGACUUCCUGGGGAAGAUGUGCAGGUCUAUGAUCGUGCGCCUUAG